GUCUAUUCAAAAUUCAAACACUAUGACGACUGGGUGACUUGAUGCUAACUCUGAAUGUUUGCUCCGUCGCUGAAUGGACGCUCUGCCGCUCAAGGUAUUUUCAGGAUAGACAAGUGUAGACCUCCUGGUUAUUUUCCACUUCAACAUUGUAAGCCAUAGAACACGUUCUAGCCAGUCAGGAAAUUGACGUCCUGGCACUCUACACAAUAACAACAGCAAUGUAAACAUGUGCACAAACUCGUAGCAAUGAAAUUGGGUUGCACAAGUUGACUUGAUGGAUGCAGCUCACUGGACCAUACCUGCACGUGACAACGCGUUAAACUAAAAGUGAAGUUCGACCGUGCAUCGCGUGCAACCUGGAGUGCUGUGUCUAAAAGCCAUUUGCACAUUCUUGCUGGACGAGAAAUGUCGCAGCGCUCUGAUCUGUCUGUGAGUCAAUUGCAAUGGAUCAAGAAAAAUGUCGAGUUUUCGUGCCAAGUCGCGAUCGAGACAGAGUCCCUAAGAGAAGACGUGGUGCGCAAAGCGAAUCGACCGACGCAAUACAACAAAGACUAGAGUUAUAUCGAAGUUUGUGGACAUCAGUAGAACGUCAGCUUACGGCUAUCUUACAGCAAGCACAUGUGGCAGCUAUUGAGGAGCUCCAUAAAUUCAUUCUGAGCGAUGCGAAUCAAUACCGAAGCCACAAUCUCAUUCCAACUGGACUCAUUGUCACGGAUCCGAAUUUGACACUACGUAGUUCCUUCUUUGAUCGAUUGCAUCUAGACGUCAAAGAAGAUCAGAAAGCGGCUUUCAUCCCUUUGAGUUCCGGAUCAUGUCCAAAUCUCAAAGCACUGUUGAGAGAAGUGAACAGGUCAUCUGCUAAUCUUUCCUCCGAGGAUGAUGCCAAUGAGAUGAAGAACGAGACUAGGCUGUUUGACUAUGACCUAGAGGCUAUCAGGCAACAGUAUGCCAAGGGGGCCGCAGAGAAUGUCAUCAUCGCAUUCCAAGAUAGCGAGGCUUUCGAUUCUUCAGUACUUGUCCAGGCUAUCGAUAUAUUCCACUCAUGGCUAGAUCGUAUACCAUUCGUGCUUCUCUUCGGCAUUGGGACCUCCACCGAUACCUUCCAAGAACGGCUCCCGGCUGCUACGCUACGAGUUCUUAAGGGAGAGAAAUUUAUCCUCAAGGACUCUGCAGAGACUCUUCAGGACUUAUUCUUAGCCACCGUAGAUGGCCCAGACGUGCGGCUUCGCCUUGGUCCUGACCUUGCGUCUCGGAUGCUGAGAAAUCAGGAAGAGCAUGUCCAAAGCCUUGGCACAUUCUGCGAUUCCGUCAAAUAUGCAUACAUGUCCCACUUCUACGCCAAUGCGGCCAGCAUUGUGCUCGGCGGCGCUAAGUUCAAGGAACUACCUAAGAGUGUUUUCGAAGCCAUCCGCAACCUUCCUUCGUACCGAAGAUGGGCCGAACAAGAGCUCGAUCAGUCGCAUCCCGUGGUUGUACGGAAAUCGUUAGAGUCAGACUCCUUCCUUCUUGAGAUUACGAAGAAACAUCUGGUCUCCUCCAAUGCAGCCAUAGCAAGACUUGUGGAUGCUACAGCAGUCAUAGCAGCUAUUAGGCGGUGCAACCAACAAAGUUCCGCUGCGCACGUUGCUCGGUCUGAGUUGUACGUACGUGCGAUGACAGGAGAGCUUGCCGGGGCACCACUACUGCGAGAAACAAUGAUGUCCGUCAGGAGAGCAUCCUCGGACGUCCUUGAUCUUGUCCUCACUGCCCUCCUCGAAUUGGGCGAGCAAUGUCCGAUCAAUGCAACGAGCUACAAGGCGCAACUAGAGGAACUGUCAACACAAAACCCCAAUCAAUCAGGUCCCCUCCGAAGCCAGCAUGGUGAGACAAUUCGUACUACAGUGGUGUCACAGAAGGUGCAGCUCAGCAAACACAAAGCAUCUCUUACGAAGGCCGACGCAGAUUACGCCGAGCUCUUGGAGUCAGUCAGUGGUGAGCUAGGGGCGUAUUUUGAUGAGACUCUCGUGGACCCUCGAAAGCUGUUCCUUUAUGAAAUACUAGUCUACGACUUGAAGUCGCCACACUUGGAUGUCUUCCAGCCUCGGCCACGAUUCUCAUUAGAAAGAGCUUUGUACUCGCCGCAUGACUAUCUCAACUGUGACUGCUGUCCAUCUCUCCAAAACAGGAACAACGAUGAUGUGUGUAUGGCCCUAGGCUUUUUGAUAAUUAUUGCUAAUGGCGCGAAGAACACAUUGGCUCCAACACAGCCCGCAACUUCUAUUUUAUACCAAUUGUAUCUAGAGUCCGGCUCACUGAUCAAUGCGAGCGACCUGUGGUCAGCCUAUCAUGCAAUAGUGGGUGCCGACGACGAUAAUGAUGAUGAUGACAACGAUGAGGUAUUAGCACAACAUCAGUAA